AUCUGACGUGUCACUAUUGGCUUAGUUGUCGCUGACGUGUCCGCUGAAUUGGCGUCUCGUCAGCCGACCGUCAGAUAAGUUGAUGGUGUUAUUAACACCGUUAUAGUUUCUAACGGAAAUGGCUAUAUUUGGCACGCAAGAUCUUUCAAAAGUGGCUAUUAGUGGUAUUUCGCCAAAAGUGGCUAUAAGUGGCACAAAGGUGAUAGUUUUGGCUAUGCAAGAGAAUAAGAAGAAAAAAAAGCUAGGAAUAGCUUCCCCUUUCUUCUUCCUCCACAACAAUCGGCGCGUUGAAUUUGAUAACGGAAUCCUGCCUUAACCCAUCCAUCCCUAUUUUCUAACUGUCAACAAUACUUCUUCUGUUCCCUUCCCUUCCCUUCCCUUUCUUCUUCUUCUUCUCCCUUCCCCUUCUAUUAUUAGCCUCCUGAAAUCUGCAAUCAAAACGCAUCUCGGUUCUGGAUUUCAGAAGAAGGCCAGGAAUUCAUUGCUGGGGAGGAGAAGGGGGUAAAAGAGCUGAAGAGGCCCCAAAAAAAAAACCCCACCGGGUUUUGAUUUUCGCUUCGCCGGUGUGCAGUGGCGUGCGCUCUGGCGAACAGAAAACCAAAAUUUCAUCGCUAAUAAUAUAAACUACGUCCUUCAGCAGAUUUCAGUGUCCAAAAGGAAACGUAACUGAUAAUGGAUGGGUGGGUCUUGUUGAUUGGAAAUCUAACGACGAGCAGAAUCGCCAACCACAAAGGGGAAGGAGGUUUCGAUUAAUUGGGAAGCUGUUUUCUUUCCCCUUUACACAAACAAGGGUUGGCGUCAGUUCUGCAAAAAACCCAUCCCAACUCCCUAGUAAUUUUGUGAUUUGGAAGGAUUGUGAAUAACUUCUGACAAAGAAAGAAAUUCUUGCAAUUGGUUUUUGUUUUUGCGAUUAUUGCUUUGUUUUUGUUGAAUCUUUAUACAUAUCAAAGAAUAAUAAUGGAGUCGAGUAAUGGGUUUGUAUCAAAAGAACAACUGGAGCUUGCGAGAUCUGCUCUGGAAAGUGAAGAUCCUUCAUCUGUUUCUCCAUUGCAAAUCUCCCUAGGUUCAUCCUCCUCUCCCAAGUCUCCUUCCUCUCCUGUAACCACACAACAGCAACAAGAACGCAAAUCAGAUGACAAACUCUCGCCUCCUUAUAUGGGUGGACAGCCUAAGAAAGAUCCUGCAGAGGGUGCAUUGUACAAUAAUGAUCCAAACUAUGAUAGCACAGAGGAACAGGAUGGUGAUCCAACAAUAAAAGACACUCCGAGAAAAUUAGAUGCCUACAAAAGGAAAGCUACAGUUAUUGUGGAAGAAUACUUUGCAACUAGCGAUGUUGUAUCAACAGCAAACGAACUGAGGGAACUCAAGUUGCCCGGCUAUAGUUAUUACUUUGUCAAGAAACUAGUGUCCAUGGCAAUGGACCGACAUGACAAAGAAAAGGAAAUGGCUGCUGUGCUUUUAUCCGCUCUCUAUUCAGAGGUCAUCGACCCUUCCCAAGUCUAUAAAGGUUUCAGCAAAUUGGUGGAAUCUGCAGAUGACUUGAUUGUAGACAUACCUGACACAGUUGAUGUUCUUGCCUUGUUCAUAGCCAGAGCCGUGGUUGAUGACAUACUCCCGCCUGCAUUCUUGAAAAAGCAACUCGCUUCUUUACCUGCAGAUUCUAAGGGGGUAGAUGUGUUGAGGAGAGCCGAAAAGGGUUAUUUAGCAGCUCCACUCCACUCUGAAAUUAUUGAGCGGAGAUGGGUAAGCAGCAUGAAUAAAACAGUUGAUGAUGUGAAGGUGAAAAUAAACAACUUGUUGGUAGAGUUUAUAGCAAGUGGUGAUAAGAAGGAGGCUUGCAGGUGCAUCAAGGAACUGAAAGUUCCCUUCUUUCACCAUGAGAUAGUCAAACGAGCCCUUGUUAUGGCUAUGGAGAGACGGGCAGUCGAAAGCCAGUUGCUAGAGUUGCUCAAGAAAACAACUGAAGAAGGUCUGAUCAAUUCCAGUCAGGUUACAAAGGGGUUUGGCAGGAUAAUAGAUGUUGUUGAUGAUUUGUCGCUUGAUAUUCCAGAUGCAAGAGGGAUUCUGAAAUCCUUGAUAUCAAAAGCCGCAUCAGAAGGAUGGUUGUCUGUUUCUUCUUUGAAAUCACUCUCACCACCGUCUCCAAAAGAAUCUGUGGAAGAUACUGCUGCAAAGCUGUUCAAGAUGAAGGCACAAUCCAUCAUUCAAGAGUAUUUCUUGUCAGGUGAUAUAGCAGAGGUGAGUGAUUGCAUUGAAUCCGAGAACAGUUCUUGCUCACCUGACCUAAAUGCUAUGUUCAUCAAAAGGCUAGUGACUCUAGCAAUGGACAGAAAGAAUCGGGAGAAAGAAAUGGCUUCUGUGUUACUAUCUUCUUUAUGUUUCCCUACAGAUGAUGUUGUGCAUGGACUUAUUAUGCUAAUAGAAUCUGCAGACGAUACCGUUUUAGAUAAUCCGAUUGUUGUUGAGGAUCUUGGAAUGUUUUUAGCUAGAGCUGUGGUGGAUGAAGUCAUAGCCCCACAACAGCUGGAGGAAAUUGAGAGUCAAUUCCUUGGGACAGAGUCAACAGGGAACAAAGUUCUCCAAAUGGCUAAAUCCUUGCUGAAGGCUAGGCUUGCUGGAGAGAGGAUCUUGAGGUGCUGGGGUGGUGGAGGUAGCAGCAGCAAGAAUGGAUGGGCAGUUGAGGAUGUGAAGGACAAGAUUGGCAAGUUGCUGGAAGAGUUUGAAUCCGGUGGGGACAUUAGGGAAGCUUGUCGUUGCAUAAAAGAACUCGGGAUGCCGUUUUUCCACCAUGAAGUGGUGAAGAAAGCACUGGUGAAAAUCAUGGAGAGCAAGAGUGAGAAGCUGUGGGGCUUGCUCAACGAGGGGUUUCGAUCGGGGCUCAUAACGUCGUACCAAAUGACGAAAGGUUUUGGGAGAGUUGCAGAGUCCAUGGAGGAUUUGAGAUUGGAUGUCCCUGAUGCUGAGAAACAAUUCGGCUACUAUAUCGAGAAAGCUAAACUUACUGGAUGGCUAGAUUCGUCAUUUGGAAUUGGUCCUACUACCAAAUCAAGUUAUGUUAAGGAGAAUGGCACAAACAUAUGAUAACAGGUUUUUUUGUUUCGCAGUUGGGUUUCGUCAAUGAAGUUUCAUAAUCCAUCAAAUUAUUACGAAGAGAACUAGCUGGAUUUUGUUGCUUGGUUUUCCUUUCAGAGUUUUUUUUGGUCUCCUGUGACACCAUAUAGGAUUUAGCAUACCUACUUAAAGAAAAAGAGAGUACUUUUAUGGACGAGAACAUUACAAGAUGGAACUAGAACCAUCUUUAUAUUGCUAAAAUUUAUACAAUAGACUGAGAUUAUAGGUACUUAGUUUUCCAUUUCUUUUAGUUCAAAUUUUUUUGGGGGUCAGUCAUAUAUUUGUUUGGAAUAACCUCACCGUUGGGUGAGAGUUGUAGUAUGUUAAAUCUCUUUGAGAUGCCCAACUCUCUUAUCUUGUACUGUUAUGCAAUGUAAUGAUAAUGCCAUACUUCACCUUAUAUACCUUGCG